AUGGCGACAAAUGUCAAAGAAGUGUUUGAACAAACUACUAUUCAUCAUCAAAUCCCCUUCAACUGGGACUGUGAAUUCAUUCGGCUGCAUUUUGGACACAACAGAAAGAAGCAUCUAAACUAUACAGAGUUCACUCAGUUUCUUCAGGAGCUGCAGUCAGAACAUGCAAGACAAGCCUUUGCAUUGAAGGACAAAAAUAAAAGUGGCAUGAUUACUGGGCUGGACUUCAGUGAUGUCAUGGUUACCCUUCACUCCCAUAUGCUGACACCAUUUGUGGAAGAAAAUUUAGUUUCAGUAGCUGGUGGAACUGUUUCACAUCAGGUCAGCUUCUCCUACUUCAAUGCAUUUAAUGCCCUUUUGAAUAACAUGGAUCUCAUUAGGAAGAUAUACAGUAAUAUAGCAGGUACAAGAAAAGAUAUUGAAGUCACAAAAGAGGAAUUUACCCAGUCUGCAAUACGAUUUGGACAAGUUACACCGUUGGAAAUAGAUAUUCUUUACCAACUUACAGGUUUAUACAGCGUCACUGGGCGAUUAACUUUGGCAGAUAUUGAGAGAGUAGCACCACUAGCUGAGGGUGCAUUACCUUACAACUUGGCAGAACUCCAGAGGCAGGUAGGUAAAAGUGGUAUAUACAGUUUGCUUUCUUUUUCUUUGGGUUUGCAGGCAGGAGCUUCCCAGGUCAUCUUCACUAAUCCACUGGAAAUUGUAAAGAUUCGGCUGCAGGUAGCGGGAGAAAUUACUACAGGACCCAGAGUCAGUGCCCUCUCUGUCAUGAAAGAUUUAGGCCUUCUUGGUCUCUAUAAGGGUGCCAAAGCUUGUUUCCUCAGAGACAUUCCCUUUUCUGCAAUCUACUUUCCUGUUUAUGCUCAUAGCAAACUGAUGCUCGCUGAUGAAAAUGGCCAUGUGGGAGGGCUUAAUCUCCUUGCAGCUGGAGCCAUUGCAGGUGUACCUGCUGCUUCUUUGGUAACCCCUGCUGAUGUCAUCAAGACAAGACUGCAAGUGGCGGCUCGCGCCGGUCAGACAACAUACAGUGGAGUUAUUGACUGUUUCGGAAAGAUUCUAAGGGAAGAAGGCCCUUCGGCUUUUUGGAAGGGAGCCGCAGCUCGUGUGUUCAGAUCUUCGCCCCAGUUCGGCGUUACUUUGGUCACUUACGAACUUCUGCAGAGGUGGUUUUAUGUCGAUUUUGGAGGCCUCAAACCUUCUGGAUCAGAACCUACACCGAAAACUCGAAUUUCGGAUCUUCCUCCCGCUAACCCUGAACACAUAGGUGGAUACAGACUUGCUACAGCUACAUUUGCCGGUAUAGAAAAUAAAUUUGGUUUGUAUCUUCCCAAGUUUCGAUCUUCUGCCACUGUCUUAGCUCAAACAAAAAGUAGCAGCUGAAUCCCAAAGAGACAUUUCAGCCUCUGGAAGUGAUGCAGUGCUAGAAAUUCACAAGAAUGUACUGUUUUUUUUCCAGUCAGCUGCAUGUUUUUCUUGCUGAACUGAGAAUGCAAAUCAAAUUACUCCUUUCUAAUAUUGAUAUACACACAUUUACCUUUUUCUGAACGAGUUGCACAUAAACUGACUAAAGCUUUGGGUCUAUGCCUUGUUUUUAACAAGUGGCACGAAUGUAUAAGCCUAAGCUUUGCCUUGCACAGCUUGCAUUUAAUGUUACUGUACAUAUUGUACAUCUUUGUACAGAGACAUCAUGGCAUCUCUACACAUUUAUAUAAUGGAUAUUGCAGUUUGAAAUGUACAGAAUGUUUGGAAGGCUUUUUGUUAAGACUCAUGUGACAAUAAAGUAUUUAAAACCA